UCAUUCGUCCUCCUUGUCUCCUUCUCCUAUCCCAAACCUAGCCGUCGCAUCGCCCCGUCCCGCUCUCCCGUGGUCGCUCGCCGCCGCCCGCACUGGCGCCGCGACCUUUCCUCUCUUCAUCGCGCCGCCACCUUCCCUUCUCCUCCGGCCUCGCCUCUUCCUCCCUUCUCCUCCGGCGCCUCCUCCCAAGGGAAGUGAAGGGAAGGAUCGAGUGACAAGGUGAGGCCCAAAUCCACAUCGGCAUCAGCGCUUCGUCGUCGACUUCAUCCCCGACCGUCCUCCAGGUAGGCCAUGGAGGUCCGGUCCGGCCCGGCAGCGGCCAUGGAUGGAGACGCCCAAAACCCUAGCCCUCCAAGGACGUGCGCCGGCUGCAGGCCAUCUCCGGCGAGCUCAUCCACGGGUCUCCGACUAUGCUGCUCCGAUCUGGAAGAGGGGGUGGAGCUGCUACUGUUGCAGGUGAACGAGACACGAGGUCUCAUGGCUGCUCCCUCCUCCUACCCCUUGACGUGGUUGCUCUGAUGAGGACAAGCUGCUUCUGCAGGUGGACGGGCCCUCAUGGUCGCUGCACUCUCUCAUCGGAAGUUGGCAGGAGAAGCAUCGGCCGCCGAAGCAGACGAGCCGAGCCAUUAGUGGCUGCAUCUUUGACAUCCUUUCCUAGCGUGCUCGCCAGCGUACGUUGUCCACUGGCAGUAGCAAGGAUCUGGUUAUAUGGUGCAGGAUCAUGGUGCAGGACCCAGGCCACUCAAACUCAAAGCAUACUAACAACCAGGCCUGGAGAUAUAGUUUGCACAAUGUUCUGUUCUGCCAUAUGCCAUUUUGAUAUGGCUAAAAUGUUAGCUUUUGAUAUGUGUCAGAAUUAUGUUGCCCCACCAGCCUGAAAAUGUGAUAAAUAAAAGCCUACAGUGCUCAUUUAUUUGUAUUUACAGGCUUCGUUGUGCAUAUGAUUUACUCUUUGUUCCAUAAGAUCACAUUUUGGUAGUGGUGUAAGCUGAACCUUGAUGUUGUUGCUGCUGUAUUCUGUAAUGGAAUUGUUAGAUAAGGUAGUUAACUAUCUCUAGCCAUAGGUCUUAUAGUGGUGCAGAUUCAUUUUCUCUGCUAGGAGUUUACUUAAUUACAGAACAUUCCUGAAUAGUUACAUUAAGCUAGCCAUGUUCCCAGUAAGCUCAGAAAUUUCCUGGCAUACACUUGACACCAGUUAUCUCUCAUAUUUCCCUGAUUUCCAUAGCUGUGUUGUAUCCCUUACAUGUUGUUUUAGUCGGUCUUUGCGAUUGGUUCACUUAGAGGCUUAUUU